AUGAACAAUUAUAAUGAUUUACUGAACAUAUCAGAAUUGUUUGAUAAGCUGAUUACAUUCAAUAAGGGUAUAAAUAAAUAUGUGUUGGAUGAAACCAUAUCCUCGUUUUUGUAUUAUCUUUUCCCAAGAGAUCUUUUUAUUAGAGCCUUGUCUCUUCUAGAGUCUAAUGAUAUGUUUAUAUAUGUAUUGGAGAAAGAUAUCAGGGGAGAAAAUAAGAGUCUUACUUGUACAGACAAUAAUAAUAAUGAUAAUAAUGAUAACGAUAUCCAAAAUAAAUUAAUUGAAAAUUUUUAUAGACAUUCUUUGCAUGAAUUAAGCUUCUUAUUCAGAUUAAUAGUUAAAAAUCAAAUUGAAUUUAUACAUGAUAAUAAUACAAAUAAGAAAAGCAACAGUAUUAAUAAUAAUAAUAAUAAUAAUAAUACGCAUGAAUCUUUGAUAUAUGUAGAUAUUUUACAUUGGUCAUGUUCUUGUGACGAAUAUUCUUCAGAACUUUUAAAACAGAUGGACUACAAGGAAAACUUCGAGGAAGAGGACGACGUGGAUAUAGUUCCAAGUAGCAUAAAGGAUUAUCUAUUAAUUGAAAUAGAUGAUUUAGAAAAAUUUUCAACAGACAGAUUUUGUCAAUUGGAUUCAUUCAGUCUUUCGAAGCAAAGAUAUUUUAAAUAUAAUAAAGUGAUGUGUCCUCAUUUAUUAGCAUAUGCCAUUCUAUUAACAUCCAAUGAAAAUGUCUUAAAAUUUUUCAUUCAACAAGAAAGGACCGUAUAUUUAUUAUCCAUUAAUAAUAUUAAUGAAUGGCUAAAAUUGCAUAUUAAUAUAAUUAUAUAG